AUGUCUCCCACCCAAUUCCGCCUCAUAUUCAAUGUUCCCCCGACCAGCCUUGCGGCCUGCAAAGCCGCCAUCUUCGCUGCCGGCGCGGGCCGCUACCCAGGCGGGAAGUAUACAGAGUGUUGCUGGACCACCGCUGGUACGGGACAGUUCCGACCCGGUGAUGCUGCCAACCCACAUAUUGGGACCGUGGGGGCUUUGGAGGAGACCCCAGAGGUGAGGGUUGAGACGAUUUGUGUGGGUGAGGAUGUUGCACGGCUGGCUGUGGAGGCGUUGAAGAUGGCACAUCCAUAUGAACAGCCAUCGUAUAGUGUUUUCCGAAUGGAGGAUUUCUAA